CCUGAGGGAAAGAGGAAGUUCUGCUGGAAACGUCCUGUAAAGAGGCUCUGAUGUCCGGACAGCGGGAGGGAGAGCCCCGGCAUGAGGAGGAGCAGAAAGAGCUACAGUCAGAGGACAACACCAGAGAGAUGUCCGCGUCCUCUUCUUCCACAGGAUGGUCAGACGACUGUACCGAGAGCACAGAGGAACACCUGAUACCUACAUAUUAUGAUGCAGAUGAUUCGGUUGUCGCACCAGAUACAUAUGAAAAACGUGCCAUUAUCCCAGUUGUACACUCAGACCUUCAAAUCAAAAAUCUGCCACCUGAUCCUUUAAAAAAGACUGUUAUGCAGAAUGCAAACCACAGAAGUGGUGCUGGAUCCCAAAGAGCUCAGAAAGGGAAGAAGUCUUAUUCAUGUUCAGAAUGUGGCAAAUGUUUUACUCAGAAAUCAAAUCUUGAGAUGCAUCAGAUAGUUCACACAGGGGAGAAGCCGUAUUCAUGUUCAGGAUGUGGCAAAUGUUUUACUCAGAAAUCAAAGCUUAAGAGCCAUCAAAGACAUCACACAGGGGAGAAGCCGUAUUCAUGUUUAGAAUGUGGCAAAUGUUUUACUGAGAAAUCAAAUCUUGAGAGGCAUCAGAUAGUUCACACAGGGGAGAAGCCGUAUUCAUGUUCAGAAUGUGGCAAAUGUUUUACUCAGAAAUCAAAUCUUGAGAUGCAUCAGAUAGUUCACACAGGGGAGAAGCCGUAUUCAUGUUCAGAAUGUGGCAAAUGUUUUACUCAGAAAUCAAAUCUUGAGAUGCAUCAGAUAGUUCACACAGGGGAGAAGCCCUAUUCAUGUUCAGAAUGUGGCAAAUGUUUUAAUCGAAAAUCACAGCUUGAUAUCCAUCAAAGACAUCACACAGGGGAGAAGCUGUAUUCAUGUUCAGAAUGUGGCAAAUGUUUUACUGAGAAAUCAAAUCUUGAGAGGCAUCAGAUAGUUCACACAGGGAUGAAGCCGUAUUCAUGUUCAGAAUGUGGCAAAUGUUUUAAUCGAAAAUCACAUCUUGAUAUCCAUCAUAGACAUCACACAGGGGAGAAGCCAUAUUCAUGUUCAGAAUGUGGCAAAUGUUUUUCUCAUAAAUCAAGUCUUAAGAGCCAUCAAAGACAUCACACAGGGGAGAAGCUGUAUUCAUGUUCAGAAUGUGGCAAAUGUUUUAAUCGAAAAUCACAUCUUGAUAUCCAUCAAAGACAUCACACAGGGGAGAAGCCGUAUUCAUGUUCAGAAUGUGGCAAAUGUUUUAAUCGAAAAUCACAUCUUGAUAUCCAUCAAAGACAUCACACAGGGGAGAAGCCAUAUUCAUGUUCAGAAUGUGGUAAAUGUUUUGCUGAUAAAUCAAUUCUUAAUAACCAUCAGAGAAUUCACACAGGGGAGAAGUCGUUUUCAUGUCCAGAAUGUGGAAAAUGUUUUGCUAGGAAAAAUUAUCUUGCUGAGCAUUUAAAAAUUCACACAGGGGAGAGGUCAUUUUCCUGUCCAGAAUGUGGAAAAUGGUUUACUCGGAAAGCAAAUCUUGUUAAUCAUCUGAAAUCUCACACAGAGGAGAAGUGAUAUUAAUGGCCAGAACGUGUUUUACUAAAGAAUGUAAAUGUGAGAAUCAUUAGGGAAGUCACACAGGGGUGCAGCCAUGUUUAUGUUCAGAAUGUGGAAACUGUUUUAUUCAGAAAUAAGCCCUUGUUCAAUAUCAGAGAAUUCAUACAGGGGAGAAGAAGUUCUAACCCCUUCCCAACAUCCUCCAUACAUGUAUGGCGGAUGUCGGGAAUAUAAAGAUGGUGCCCACUGAAGAGUUAAGUGCCAUAGGCGAAGCAUGCGUGCGGUUUCACACAGCAGCGUCCACAUGAUUGGAGAUAGCUCUGAUCGCUGACAUUCCAUCAGAUGCUAUAGCCAACUGCAACCACAGCAUCUGAGCAAUCAUUUACUGGGAGCGAGCGAGGUGUUACAGCUUGAAGAGCAUAUGAAUUAGAACCAUAGAUAACUUCAUAAAACCAAAUAUAACAAUAGCCACAUGAUGUAUAGUGAAUAAAAGAUAUAACAGAGAAUGGAUUGUAGUUCAAGGCCUUUACCAUAGCUACCAUAAACAAACCAUUAGAGAGAUUGCUUACAUGAUAAUGGAGUAUUUUCUGUUCUUGCCUGGUGUUUGACUACCCGACAACAACAGCCCUUAGUUUCCCUGCUAUAACAUACGAUGUGUGGAGCCCCCCUCUCAUUUUCGUUACACAGAUGUAUCCUCGUGAUAGUGAUAGAGAUGUGAAUAUAAUUUUUGUAUAACUAGAUGAUUUUCUUAUGUAUUUACUUUAAGCUGCUUCUUUCUUAUCUUAAAGGGGUAUUCUCAUCUCGCUUAUUCAGCCUUCCCUGCAGUCAGCUAGCUGUCCACUUCCUGGUUUUCUGCAGAUAAGGCUGGGCGGGCUUAGGCAGCUAGAAUGAAGGCCGGCCACACCUCCUUAUGACAUCACACUGAGCACUGAGUUCUUAUGUGCUCGUUCAUGUGAAAAGUAUGACUCAUCAGUCUGGCAGCCUGCAGUGUCUGAGUCCCCUCCCCCUGCUGUGGAAUCCUCAGAGAGCUGUGAUAAGUGAGCUCAGUGUACAGUAACAUGUGGCUCUUCUGCACAGUUUUAUACACAAUCUCAGUCUGAUCUUUUACAAACCAAUUCUGUGCAGCAAACACUAUAAUUCCAUAUUAUACAUUAGCUCUAAAGAUUGUCAGCCAGUAGACUUAUAAUCUGUGCAUUUGAUUCCCAUAAAACAUGACCAUCCUCCACCUACCAGCAUUGAUGCAGAUUUCUUUCUAUUACAGCUGUAAUACAAUUGUGUAUAAACCUUACACUAUGUAUAUGUAUAGAGGCAUAUACAGCUCAGGAACAUGUUUCUUCUCCAGUCUCCUAUCAUAAGUUUGGCUCAAGGGCUUCCUAUACAGCUCAGCUACAUCUUUAUUAUACUCUCCCACCAUCCUUCAGGUUGACGGUCCGCAUAUAAAGCUCUGCUACAACUCUUUAUUCCACCAUCACUGAGGCUGACCAUCCGCUUAUACAGCUCUGCUACAU